AUGACUGGUAAUAUGAAUCAUGGUCGAUAUGACCACACAGCAUCUGUAUUAACAAAUGGGAAAGUGCUAGUUACUGGUGGAACUGGUAAUGAUUAUGCAAGUAUUUCUGAGUUGUAUGAUCCAUCCACAGGAACUUGGACAAUCACUGGUAGUAUGAUUUAUGCAAGACAUGGACAUACAGCAUCCUUGUUAGAAAAUGGAAAGGUAUUGGUGGCUGGUGGAGUUGCUACUGUUUAUAUUGCCGAGUUAUAUGAUCCAUUAUCAGGAACUUGGAUGAGUACUGGUCGUUUGAAACAUCCACGAUUUCGCCACACAGCAUCCGUGUUAGCUAAUGGACAAGUAUUAGUUAUAGGUGGAUAUGCUAGUCUUUAUCUAAACAGUACUGAGUUAUAUGAUGCAUCAAAAGGAAAUUGGAGUAACACUGGUAAUAUGAAUUACGCACGAUCUUAUCACACAGCAGCUAUAUUGACAAAUGGAAAAGUGCUAGUUGCUGGUGGAAUUGGCAAUCGUUUUCAAAAUAGUGCUGAAUUGUAUGAUCCAUCGACAAGAACUUGGAUAAUGACCGGUAGUAUGAAUUAUAUGCGAUCUUAUCAUAAAACAGCCGUAUUGAAAAAUGGAAAAGUAUUAGUUGCUGGUGGACGUGAUGCCAAAGGGUUUUCACUGAAUAGUGUCGAGUUAUAUAAUCCAUCAACGGAAACUUGGACAAUGAUUGAUAGUAUGAAUAAUGAACGGUAUGACUCAACAAAAGUUAAUCAUGAAUUAAAUUGA